GCAGCAGCAGCAGCAGCAGCAGCAGCAGCAGCAGCAACGUACCGUUGUUUGCAGGGUCUUCCGUUACCGUGGAGACCGCUGUUAUCACGGAAGACUACGCUGACGCUGCCAUGGCGAACAAGACAGAGCUCCACACAUCAGACCAAACCUCCUCUCCUGAGGGAGAGUUAAGGAAGCCCGCUGGCCGCCGACCCCGCCGCCGAGCCGCCACCACCUUAGGGAGGCGGGGCCAGAGAGGGAAGAGGCGGGGCCCUGCAGACAAGCGGCGGGGUACAGGUGAGAAGAGGCAUGGUCAGAAGGAGAAGAGGCGAAAUCAGGAGGAGAAGAAGGAGGGCGUGACUGUGAAGAGGAUGUGGAGCGGCGGGAAGCGACAAUACUGUGUGUUCUGUCGGCGGCCGCAGGUGAAAAUUGCUCGUCACCUGCUGAGGAAGCACGCCGACGAACCAGAAGUGAUGGCUGCCAGCACGCUGCCGACGGGAUCCAAACAACGCCACCUGUUGUUGGAGCACCUGCGCUGCAGGGGCAACUACCUGCACAACAUCGAGGUAAUAAGGCAGGGCAGUGGUGAGAUUGUCCCGUGUCGUCAGCCCUCAGAGGAAGUCGAUGCGAGGAACUACCUGCCCUGCCCACUCUGCCUCGGUUUCUUCCUUCGCUCUGAUCUCUGGAAACAUCAGGCCUCCUGUCGUAAGAAGCUGGCCUCUGACCCCUCCAAAGAUGCUGCCUCCACAGCGGAGACCACCUCUGAGCCCAUAAAGGACACAACCGCAGGUAAGUCAGUCUGUGAUCGGGCAAGCAACAGGACCUCCAAGUCCACAGAGAACGCACCACCUGACCCCUCAGGAGAGACAGUCACAACGGACCAGACCGUGACCUCUGAGACCGGGUCCAAGCGGCCCAUGACCUCUGACCACAGUGGGGAUCAGAAUGUGACCUCUGACCCCGGGGCAGACCGGCCGAGGAAGCGCAGCAGGGUCCAGGCUGCGGCAUCCCGCCUCCUCCCGAUUUCCAGUGGAGCAUCUGAGAGUUGCAGCGAAGUCCUGCACCGCAUGAACCAGGACCACAUCUCACAUCAGGUCAAAUCUGAUUGGUUGAUCUGUAAAUAUGGAAACAAGUUGAUGGGGAACCAAGAUGGCAGCCAGAGGAGGUACGAUUAUGUCAGUCAGAAACUGAGGGAGCUUGGGAGGUUCCUCCUGGCUGCCAAAUCUCUGGACUCAGGUAUUCAGACCCUGCAGGAUGUUCUGGCUCCAGGGCGCCUCAGCCUGGCGCUGGCUGCUGCUAGAAAGGCGUCCGGGUACCGGUGGAGCCGCCCACCACUGGCGGUGAAGACGACACUGAAGACGGUUUGUGAGAUUGCCAUCGGAGAGAGUCUGCAGGACGGAGAUUGGGAGGCAGCAGCCAAAACCACUGACUUCUACCACAUGCUGGGAAGAGAGUGGGACAACCUGGGGCUGUUGAACCCUGACCCUGACACAGUCGCUCAAGAAGGAGGAGCCAAGCCAAAGAAACGACCGGUCCAAUCAAGGAAUGAGAAGAAGUGUAAAGAGCCAGGUCAAGAGCCUGACCCAAGACCAGAGGUUCCAUCAAAGGGCAGUAACAGAUCUGUGACCUCCAUGAUUCCACCAGAGUCCAGACUGCAGACUUCUAUCACAGUCCCGGUGGCUCCUAGGAAGGUCCGACGUCGCCCGUGGUCAUCUGCAGAGAAGGAGGCAGUCUGGAGACAGUUGGGAGUUCAUGUGCUGGUCCAGUCAGUACCGGGGAAGGAGGUCUGUCAGCGCUGUCUGGACCUAGAGCCUGUACUCAGAGGGCGACACUGGAAAGACAUCAAGAACCAGGUCCACAACCAGAUCCAGAGCCAAAAGAAGCAACAGUUCCACGCUCAGAUGGACCUUCAAGAAAACCAGGAACAACAAGACCAAAUCCAAAACCAGAAGAAGCCGCAGCAGCACUACGAGGUCCAAAUGGACCAACAGGGCAAGGACCACACCCAGAACCAGAAGAAAGAGCAGUAUCAUGACCAGAUGGAUCAACAUGACCAGGACAACAUUCAGAAUCAGAAGAAACAGCAGUACCAUAUCCAGAUGGACCACCAGGAUCAAGACAACAUUCAGAAUCAGAAGAAACAGCAGUACCAUAUCCAGAUGGACAACCAGGACCAGGAUAACAUUCAUAAUCACAAGAAACAACAGUACCAUAUCCAGAUGGACCACCAGGACCAGGACAACAUUCAGAAUCACAAGAAACAGCAGUACCACAGUCAGUUGGACCACCAGGACCACCUUCAAAUUCACAAAAAGCAACUAUGCCAUGCUAGACUAGACCACCAGGACCAUGUUCAGGUCCAUAAGAAGCAGCUGUACCAAAUGGACCACCAGUCCCAGGGACUGCACACCACGCUGGAUCGGGAAGCGUCUCUACUGACGGUUACCCCCUAUGGACCUGAUGGGCCUCAUAGAGCUCCAGGACACUCACUUGUGGAGCGGGAUCCCCUUAUCGGUCCAUAUCCACUUCCACAUAGGGCCCCGGGGCCUCACAUGGACCAGUUGCUGUCCAGAACAGAGUGGACUGACGAGUCUCUGGCCCAGAACUACCCGAUCAGCAGGCAGCUGGCCAGGAACCUGCUCCAGGAUGCGCCCCCGGGAGGGCCGCCACCCAAUCCACACUCUGGACAUGUCCACUUCUGAUGGACAGGCCCCUGAGGGCCCUAAGCACUAAUGACUAUAUUAGAUAAGGAAACAUACGGUGAUACUUCCUUAUAACGACAAAGAAAACAUCCUGAAGACCACCUGUCCCUGAACUUCCAGUACAAAAUAAAACAGGCCUUUUCCAUCACAGGAACUUAACAACCUGUAACUUGGGGUGUUCUGUUAAUUUAACUAUACUGACAUUUAAAUGUCACCACGUGUAAAUGGGGAUGUUCCCAUCAAGUUCUUCAGAUCCGAUCCGAGUUCUUUAAUACUGCAUGUCCACUAAUAGCGAGUCCAAUCCAAUCAGAGUCGGUCACCGAAUAAUUUUUUCUCACACACUAACUUUCUCUCUCAUAUGCAGUGAAAUGCUGAACCGUGGAGUUCUGCUGUCAUUAAAGGGAGCAGCGCUGCAACAUUAGCAGGCUGAGUUGGAGAGAACACAGUAGAGUUCAUUAAAAAAAACAAUCAGAUCGGCUUAAUUUAAGCACAUACCGACCCAUUAAAAUACACCCGGGACCUCUCUAAAUGUGAAUGCAAAAGAAAAUCUAUAUUAUCCCCACUUUCCCGAGUUGUCUGUCCCACAGCCUAACUGCACUCUCCUACCAAGCAGAACAUAAAAACGAACAUCUUUUGUCCCUGUGUUUUGUGACGUAUAUAUCUGAAAUGUUCUGCUUUGUGUAACACGAUGGAGGACAAGGCAGAACCUAGAACUCAAAGGUUCUUACAGGUCUAGGUGAUGUUUACAAGUCAGCAAGUUCUUGUGGUGGAAAAUAGUCUCCUUGCCUGUGGUGGUCAAAGAGACAAAUGUCCAUUUUGUGUCAAAUUUUAUAUCUUUACAUGACUGAUUUGCCCUUUUAACAGAACUGAUUUUCAACAAAUCACCAUUUAGUAUUGUUGUUGUCACGGUAAAUGAUGAUGUCAGUCAACCUGCUGCUGUUCCUCUGUUUUCUCUUGUUCCUCUUUCUCAUUAUUCCCAGCUUCCUGUCCCUGUCAGGUCUGGAGUUGUAGACACUGAACCAGUUAAAAAGCCUCCGGUUUGGUGGUUUUUGUAGGUUUGUAUUUAUCACCAGUAGAUGGCAGAGUUCUCAUUGCUUUGGUUACAACACAAAGUUCAAUCCAGAAUAAUUUAUGGUUUCUACAGGAGUAUAAACCCUUUUUACAGUCUCGAGUCUACAUUCUUUCUUUCUAAUGACAUUUCCCAUCAUACAUCACAGUACAACCAAGUGGACCAGUGAAGACACUGACCCACUUGGUUCUUAGUAACCCAGGCGUGACCCAGGACCCGGGUCGGACUGCUUCCACAUUUUAACCAGUCUAAUCAGCUCAAGGUAGGGUGUGGUUGCAUCUCAGCAGAUCUCAGGUCUGUGUGUCAGUACCGAAGUGGAUCCAAGUAGAUACUGUAGGUAGGUAGAUUAGUAGGUUGUGGCGAUUGCUCAAAUUAUGUUGUUAUAAAUAAGUAGAAAUAUUA